GUUGCACCUUUUUUUGUUCAUAUCCCUGCAUUAAUCUUAUCAGUUUCAUGAACAUGCAUGCAACUAGUUCGUAUUUUCUUACAUACGUAAACUAAUUCUGCUUACUGGAAACAGCUGAUCAAAACAUACCAUGUUCCAUCAACUUAGUACUCCAUUUAUAUUAUAAAUACCUAACUAAUAACCUUUUCACUUAACUUUGUCAGCCUAAUAUAUUACUUCUAUCUAAUUAACUCAUAAAAACCAUAGUAUCAAUCAUCUUUGAUUGGUCUUUGUAUAUAAGCUAGGUAGGAACCCCAAGAAAUUUAAAUAUUUUUUUGUAAAUCAAAAACAUGUCCUCUGUUACUCAAUCAAUUCAUUGCAACUCGAAACCUAACCCUGAACUGAAAUCGUUUGGCGGGUUUUUUGAGACGUGGCUCCAUGAGCAAGAGCGUGACCUUGAAGAGCUCAAGGCCGCGACUAAAGCUCAUAGUGAGUCAACUCAGUGCUCUGCUGAGUUGACUCAAUUUCAAUGUGAGCUCAUCCGUCGUGUCAUGAGCCACUAUGAGAACUACUAUCGAGUCAAGUCUGAGUCAACCACAGAAAACGUGUUGGGAAUGAUGAGUCCGUCAUGGAGGUCUAGCUUGGAGGAUGCCUUUUUAUGGGUUGGUGGGUGGAGACCUAGUAUAGCUUUUCAUUUAUUGUACUCAGUUAGUGGGUUACAGUUCGAGGCUGGACUCAGUGAGUUACUGGGUGGGGUAAGCACAUGCGAUUUAGGAGAUCUCUCACCGAGUCAACUCAGUAAAAUCGACGAGUUGCAAAGGCAGACCAUUAGAGAAGAGAGAGAGUUAACUGAGAUUCUUGCUGUUCAUCAAGAAACUGUAGCUGACUCAUCAAUGGUGCAACUCUCACAUAUAGCAACUGAGUUAAUGGAGGAUAACUCGGAGCGAGUUGAGACUGAGUCAAUGAAAGAACGAGUUGAGUCUACACUUGGGAAAAAAGAGGACAAAUUAAAGGAGAUCUUAGGAAAAGCAGAUGAUCUACGGCUGAGAACUCUUAAAGAAUUGGUGGAUAUUCUGAGUCCAAUUCAAGCCGUUCAUUUCUUGAUUGCUGCUGCUGAGCUUCAUCUGAGGGUCCAUGAUUGGGGCAUGAAGAAAGAUCAUGCUGAUGAAGAAAGAUCAUGCUGAUGAUGCACAUCAUCAUUAAACAAAAUUCAGCACUUCUAAUGAAUUAUCAAAAUUCAGAUGGUGUGUACUCAUUCCUGAUGCUCUGAAAAGUUUUGGAAAGCCAAAGAAUUGUGUGAAGGAAGCGGUGGUGCUUUAGAGUGAAGAUUUUCAUAUGAAAACUUUUCUUUUCUUUUCUUUUCUUUUUUCUUGGUAUAUAAUAUGCCUAAAACUAGGGGCUGUGUAUUGGACUGAAGCUUCUACAAGAGUCUUAGAGUCUUAAGAGUAGUCUGUUUUCUCUAUAGUUUUGUUUUGUUUUCUGCUUUAAAGUUUUCUUGUAAUUUUGAUCAAUAAAACAUUUUGUUGGAAAUACUUUACAUGUGAGACAAGAUUCCACAUCGAUAAAAUAGUGGGUACUAGACUUACAUAUAUAUUAGGUGAGCUAAUCCUCCUAAUACAAUGUUGUGCGACAACGGAAGCAAAAAUCGAUGAACAAUAAUAAAACAAUAAAGAAAUUCAAUGCAAACAAUAAGAAAAUGACACAAGAGAUUUAACGUGGUUCACUAUCAAUGCAAACAAUAGGAAUUCCAAUCACACUCACAAAUUAUAACGACUCUCUUGUAAUCUCUCUCAAUUUGUGAAUCAUUAUGCCGUAACCCUAAAAUGGGAGUUUCUAUACUAAUGCCCAAUAAAAGGAAGUUAUUACGUAAUAAACACAAAGUAACCGACCCGAAAAAACAUGAAAGAAAAUGCUCCCGUGAAAAGAAACCGCCUUUUCGCGAGCCGCUUACAACUUUGCGAGCCGCGACAUGAAAACAGAACGCACCCCGUGCCCCGCGGACCCACCUGUAGCUCCUCCGUGACUCUUCUCUUGAUUCAUCUUCUUCACCAUUCAAUGGUGCUACUAGUUAGAGUCACCAUACUCAACAAUCUCCACCUUGACGAAAACUCGUAGUCAGCAAGCGAUCUCAUCAACACAUAGAGAACAUAUCUCAAGUCAAAACCCGAUACAAAGCUCAUGCAUAAGCCGUACAUCCCGGUAAGUCUUCAACCAAGACUCAUCUCGAAAAGUCUCCAACCAAGACCCAUCACAUACUCUUCAUCAAGUAUAACAACUCAUAAUGCUCCAUCUGCAUCACAAGGCCCAGGCAAGCUCCACCUUACGGCCAACAUGCCUACAAUAGGAGCUCCCCAACACCGCCCCUAAGGGCCUACUACAUCACAUAGUAAUCAAUAUUUAGCAAGUCUAAGCAAUGUUUAAACUUAUGAAAUGAACUUAGUAAAGAAAUCAGCUGGGUUGUCAGCAGUCCCGAUCUUCUUUACUUUUACCCUCUUGUCAAUACAAAAGAAAUGAUACCUAACAUCAAUGUGCUUGGUCCGAUCAUGGUGCACUUGGUCUUUAGCCAAGCAAAUGGCACUUAGACUAUCACAAUACACUGUAGCAAAAUCCUGUGCAAUACCCAGUUCACCUACAUGGCCUUUGAGCCAUAUAGACUCCUUAGUUGCAAAAGUUAAAGUCAUGUACUCAGCUUCAGUAGUAGACAACGUAACCGAAGACUGCAAUGUAGACUUCCAACUAACCACAGAACCACCUAAAGUAAACACAUAUCCCCAGUCACCGACCUCCUAGUAUCCACAUCAACUACAUAAUCAGAAUCAUUAUACCCAAUUACCAAACACUCCUUACCAUUCCCAUACACAAGACCAAUAUUAGUUGUCCCUCUCAAAUAGCGAAAAUUUCUUUUAACCCCCUGCCAGUGCUCUCUCCCAAGUCGAGCCAUGAACUACUUACAACACUAACAGCGUGCGCAAUAUCCGGCCUCGUACAGACCAUAACAUACAUCAAACAACCAACUACGUUGGCAUAAGGGACCCUAGAUAUAUACGCCAACUCCUCCUCAGUUUGAAGUGACAUAGACAAAGACAAUUUGCAGCUCACAGAUGUUGGUGUACUUAUAGGCUUCGAUUUCUCCAUCCCAAAACGAGACAAUAUCUUUUCGAUGUAACUUUUCUGAGUCAAGAAAAGCUUAACCCUAGCCCGAUCCCUAUA